CCCUCUGAGAUGCAGGUUAGCGGUGGGCAGCAUGGUUGCGAAAAUGACAACGCCAAACACUGCCGGUGCGAUGCGAUAAUCAGUGAUUUUGUGAUCCUGCAACUCUCCCGAGAGAAGACAGGGGAUUUACUUGGUUUACCCACGAAAGUUGGCACUUUUCAAACAUCUGGAAAACGCGGACGCCAUGCGACAUGACAGCCUCGUUGCAUACACAUUUCUUCUGGAACGUUUCGGAACGAGGUUCCAGGGAAUUCCAUCAAACUCCGCAUCACCUCGAGGCAAGAACGCGUCUUCAACCGCCUUCAUGCCGCGUGUUGGCAGUUGCUUUCUAUCUCGUUCCACGAUCGUAAUCCACUAUAACUUUGCCGCGCUAUCUCUCGAUACACUUGUCUUUCUCACUUCUAUCUCAUCUACCUGCUGUAUGUCACCAUGAAGCCUUCGGCAGAUACGAGAAAACCUUACACGGGCACAUCCCGCUCCCUGGUUUUGGCGAUUGAUGUGGGAACAACCUUUAGCGGGGUCUCCUAUGCCAUCCUUGAGCCGGGGGAGAUUCCCAAGAUCCAUGGUGUUACAAGGUUUCCCGGACAAGAACAUGUUGCAGGGAACUCAAAGAUACCGUCGAUCAUGUACUAUGAUAAGCAUGGGAGGGUCAUGGCAGCUGGCGCAGAAGCGGACUCAAGCUUUGUUGCAUCACAAGCGGAAGACGAGGGAUGGAUAAAGGCAGAAUUAUUCAAAUUGCGCCUGCGGCCAAGGAUGAUGAAGCUCAAUAUGAAUGGGAUGCGCUUGGGCCCUCUUCCAUAUCGCAAAACCGCCGUCCAUGUCUUCGGCGACUUCCUCUCGUACCUCUACCAAUGCACCCGGGCAUUCGUUGUGGAUACACAUGCCAAUGGUGCUGCGUUAUGGAAAGCUGUGGAACAUGACAUCCAGUUUGUGCUCUCUCAUCCUAAUGGCUGGGAAGGUGCCCAGCAGACGAAGAUGCGGUGGGCUGCAGUUCAUGGACAACUUAUUCCGGACACGAACGAGGGGAAGGCACGAAUCCGGUUUGUGACCGAGGGCGAAGCGAGUCUCCAUGCGUGUGUUUUGAACGGCCUAGCCUCCGAUGUACUUUCAGACUCUGGACAGGCUGGUUUCUUAGUGGCAGAUGCCGGAGGUGGGACUUUCGAUCUUAGUUCCUACACUAUUCUUGCACAGCAUCCGUUAGUGAUUGAAGAAAUCGCACCACCCGAUUGUACCACAGGCAUCUUUGCUGGAUCCGUCUUUGUGAGCAGGCGUGCCAGAGAGUUUUUAAAAGAGAAGCUGAAGAACUCUAAAUAUGGAACGCCUGACUCGUUGGACCACAUCACAAGGCGCUUUGAUGAAACUACAAAGCGCCUAUUCCGAGACAAGAAUGGUUCUCAGUUCAUACCGUUUGGUUCCCCCCUUGACAGAGAUCUCAGUGUUGGAAUUCGGAAUGGGCAGCUAAAACUAACAGGCGAAGAAGUCGCUGCGUUAUUUGAACCUUCAAUUCAGGCUGCCGUGGCCGCCAUCAAGGCUCAGAUAGUAGCUUCAAAGGGCCUCAUCAAGUCUGUGUUCCUUGUUGGUGGAUAUGCCGCAAGUUCAUGGCUAUCCACGCAACUUCAAGAAAGGCUCGCUCCUGAGAAGGUCGCUGUCAGCCGUCCGGAUACACAAACGUCCAAAGCAGUCGCCGAUGGUGCCAUUGGAUUUUACUGUGAUCAUCAUGUCUCUGCUCGAAUAGCGAAGUUCAUGUACGGCGUUGAAUACCUUCGAGCGUACAAUGAAGAAGACCCGGACCACGUCGCGCGCGAAGACAGGCUCACCGAAUUGCCUUCUGGACCCAAACUUCUCCCAGACGCAUUCGAUUGCAUCUUGGCUAGGGGCGUCAAAGUGAAGGAGUCGACCGUAUUCACCAGAAAAUACUGCACGGAACUCACGAAUCUCUCUAUGCUUUCGGUAUUUGAGGUUGAGAUAUGGUGCUACCGAGGAGGAGAUAUAAUUCCACAAUGGAUUCAGCGUCAUACAGAUAAAUUUUCUACGCUGUGUCUCGUCCGUGCCGAUUUGUCUCCGUUGAGUGGCAUAGUACAGUCGAAGACAGGCAGGGACGGAAAAGAAUACUGGACCAUUGUGUUCUCCAUUGAGAUACAUUUUGGUUUGACAGAGUUCAAAGCGCGUAUCAAAUGGGUCGAUAAUGUAAGUGAUUGAUUUUGUGCGUUGUUGU